AUGAAGACUCCUUGUUGUGAGAGAAUGGGGUUGAAGAAGGGACCUUGGACUGCUGAAGAAGAUCAGAUAUUGGUUUCUCAUAUUCAACGAUAUGGCCAUGGGAACUGGCGUGCCCUUCCUAAACAAGCUGGUUUGUUAAGGUGUGGCAAGAGUUGUAGGCUUCGUUGGAUAAACUACCUGAGACCAGAUAUUAAACGAGGGAAAUUCAGCAAGGAAGAAGAAGAUACCAUCCUAAAACUACAUGAAAUUCUUGGAAAUAGGUGGUCUGCUAUAGCCACAAGCUUACCCGGAAGAACAGACAACGAAAUAAAGAAUUUUUGGCAUACCCAUUUGAAGAAGAGGAUCCAGAAAAGUGGAGUGCACAUUAAGGGAAAUGCUCCAUCACAUAUCUUGCAAGAGGCACAAGCAAAUAGUUCAUCAAGUUCAAGUGCUGCCUCCAGUGUCUAUGGAAUCAAUCCUCCUGUUGUAGGUACAGGAUUUUACGGUGCAGUCUCCUCAUCAGAUAUUUUUGGAGAAACUGUGGACAAUCAUAGCUCUUGUCAGCUAAGUGAAGAAAUGGAAUUCUGGUACAAUAUAUUCAUCAAAUCAGGGCAAACAUCAUGA